AUGACUCGUGAAGCUCAGAUAUCGCGUUACACGUUUCUACGAACGGUCGUGGGAUUCUGGAGUUUGAGUGGAUUAUUCGCGUUCUUCUUCUUUUCGGCUAUUGUGCGAAGUGAUCCCGUGCAGUCCCAUCGACGACUUCACACUUCAGAUUGGGCCAAAUCUUUCCCACAAGAUGUAGUGGCUCACAUGGAUCUCACUGUUGACCCUUGUGAUGACUUUUACGAGUUCAGUUGUGGUGCAUGGUUGGAUCAACUCGAGAUUCCAGAUAACAAGUCAAGUUUUUCCCUCUCCUUUACUACCGUGAAUGAUGAAAAUGACAAAGUUCUGAAGGAGGUGAUGGGGCAAGGAUGGCCGCUAAUUGGUGAACUAUAUGAAUCCUGCAUGAAUUUUAGCAAUACCAGUGAUCCAGUAGCGGAUAAAGCAUCUUUAAUGGCUCUAGCUCCUGGCUUACAGCGAAUUAGCGCCGCAACAACCAAGGAAGGGCUUUUCCAUUUGGCUGGGAACUUGUCAAGAGCCGGGCCAGUUUUUUUGACGGGACGGGGCUAUCACUACCUGAUCGCCAAUACUAUCUGGACAAGAAAAAGGUUGAAUCCCGAUUCCGCAGAUGCUCUUGCAGUCGCAGUCUCUCGCUUCGAGAAGAAGCUGGCAGAGUUUCAUGUACCAAAAGAAGAUCUUCAAGAUCCUCUGGCUACUUAUAACCGCAUGAGUGCAGCAAAAGCGGUUAGAUUAUACCCUCUGUUGUUUUCUCAGUAUGUUGACGGUAAUGGCAUUUUGAAAGGACUAUUAGCCAAUAAAACCGAUGUGAUUGUGGAAACUCCUACCUAUUUUCAACAUGUCGAAGAGUUGGUGGCAAGUGAGUCGGUGACAUUAGACGUUUUGAAAGCAGUGUUGCAAUAUCAGUACAUUCACGCAGAGGCAGGUCUACUUAGUGCACCUUAUUAUCAUGCAUCGUUUAGUUUUUUCGGUCAAAAACUUCAUGGCCAAAAGACACCCGUGGAACGAUGGCGAAAAUGUGUCGAUCAUGUAGCUAGCAGCUUUCCAGAGCUCGUGGGUAAAUAUUAUACUCUUGCACGCUUUGACAAGGAGAGUGAAAAAGCUGCUAGUGACUUAGUGACUCAGAUCCAAGUGUCUCUAAAGCAUGAACUUGGACAACUUGAUUGGCUCGACGCAUCCACGCGAAAAGCAGCAUUGGAUAAAUUAAAGAAGAUGGCGAAUCUUAUUGGCCAUUCCACUCAUUCGGAACAUUUCACGUUUCAAUUACGUUCCGAUGUCUCGCUUUUAGAAAAUUCUCGAAUCAUAAGUGAAUACGAAUUUGCCAAACAUGUUGCUCGAAUUGGGGGUCCUGUUGACCGUACGGAAUGGGCGAUGACAAGCGCAACGGCUAAUGCUUAUUAUGAAAUGACAGCGAACCAAAUUGUUUUACCAGCGGGAAUUCUACAGUCUCCAUUUUUUUCUCGAAGUCGUCACCCAGCACGUAACUUUGGAUCCAUUGGAAGUGUUAUUGGCCAUGAAUUGACCCAUGGUUUUGAUGCACAAGGACGGUAUUAUGCUGGCGAUGGAAAUCUUCAAGAUUGGUGGAGUAAUGACACUGCGAAAGAGUUUGAAAAACGCACUGACUGUCUUGUAGCGCAGUAUGACAAAUAUGAGAUGCCAAGUUACUUUACAAAGAAUAAAAUACUAGGCCAUGUCAAUGGAAACUACACUUUGAGUGAAAAUAUCGCAGACAAUGGAGGUGUCAAGCUUGCGUUUGCUGCGUACCACGCGUCUAUGAAUAGUGGAGCGAAACAAUCGAGUGAAAAUGAAGAAAAAUUGGCGGGCAAUGCAGCGGACCAACUAUUUUUCGUCUCGUUUGCCCAGACAUUCUGUUCGAAAUCACGUGACGCUAGUAUAAUUAAUCAACUGGCGUCUGACCCGCAUACCCCUGGACGAUGGCGCAUUAAUGGUGUUGCGAGCAACUCGCGCGACUUUGCUAAAGUCUUCAUGUGUCCUGCUGGUUCUCCAAUGAAUCCCAAGACCAAAUGUCAGCUUUGGUAA